AUGGUCAUUUUGCUUUCACCAGAGCCUAAUGGAACUUUACUUGCAACAAUUUUUGAUGAUAUUAAUAAAACAAUCCCAGCACCCGAUGCUCCCAGCUUAAUUUAUCCACUUUCAAACCAGUCAAAUGCUGCACAACCUGGCACGUCUACUUCUGAUGUUGCUGCAAUACGCGAUUCUUUAAACAAUUAUCGAGCUGCUGCUAUCUCUGGUGUACUUUCAUUAGGUCGUGCUAGUCUACCUGCCGCUCUUUCUCUCAAUUCAUCACUCGAGAAAAAGGAUCAAAAGAAGCAUAAAGUUAUUGCUUUUGUAGCAAAAUGUCGACGAGUGUUUCAGCAAAAUGUCGACAAAUGUUUCAGGCAUUAA